GAUUUUGUGGUUUGAAAAUCUGGCCUUGUCUCACUAUUAAUACCCCACCUCAAGUUUAUCUUCCAUUCCCCUUCGCCUUUGUGAUCCUUUAUUCGAAUAUUCAUGUCCGAGCCUUUGACCACUGCAGAGAUCCAAAUCCAAGUGAACUGGAAUCACUACAUGGAGCUCAUAGAAUUCGUGAUUUUGGCGUACGACUACCUCCUCACCUUCGACCUUGAAAUAGAACGUUUCUGGAAACGCGAUACCAAAAGACUAGCUGCAAUCCUUUUCUUCGUCAAUCGAUACUUGACUCUGCUGGGCAACAUACCAUUUGUGUUGUUAUUCUUCCGACCUGGACUGAUCUUGCGCUAUCGCGAUUCGUUAAUCGAUGAUCGUUCACGUUUGGGUCGUUUUACACAGGGACGCGAAGCGCUCGACCUUUAUGCACAGAUAUUGAUAUACGUUGUUCAAAUCAACAUUAGUAUACUCUUUCUGCUCAGGAUGCAUGCUAUAUACGGCGGUAGCAAGCGAAUAGCAGGGUUUCUCGGUGUUGUGUUGAUGGGUAUGAUGGUGAAUAAUGUGGUACAGUUGUAUCUCGCAGAUAGGACUGGACCAGCUGCAGUAGAUCUCCCAUCGGCGUCAGCGCAAGUGGGCACUAUUCCGAGUUUUUCAGAUACACAAGGACUUCAUUUGGCCUAUCUGUGGAUUGGAAUAUUUGUAUUUGAUCUAUGCGUCUUUUCGUUGACACUUUGGAAGACCUAUUGUAUUUAUAAAGACGGUUACAUAUCGAGAGGGAUAGGAACUGUUGUCAUGCGAGAUGGAUUAAUGUAUUUUGGAAUAAUCACUCUUGCUACUUUGGCAAAUAUAUUGGCUUUUGCACUCGGAACGGAAUUCACCAAGGGCUUGCUCCCGAUUUUUUCCAACAUAAUUUCCAGUGUCAUGAUGUCGCGCUUGAUGCUUAAUUUACGAGAAGACCGUUUAAACGAAACGCAGAUGUCGGGGCUCAUCUUCGCUAAUAAUGAAUUUGGUACUACAAAUAUGGCGCCUCAAACCUCCCGCUACGAAUAUGAACCAUCGCGCCGACAAAGAAUUCGGACUAAUUCUGGCGUAUAACUUGGUAUUGCCAUGGACGUGUAUUAUACAUUCUCAAUUAUUGCAGGGUAUCUGUUUUCAGUGCCAACCUUCUGCGUCUAUGUUCUCGUAGUCAGCUAAAAUUGCUGUGGGGCUCUUUCAAGCUUCAAUACUGUCG